AUGAAUAGGAACUCUCUCUCUCUCUCUCUCUCUCUCUCUCUCAUCAAUAUGACACAAUCCAAGGACCAGAAGAUUGCCGAGACCCAGGCCAACCUCCCUCUCCCCGAACAGCCCCCUAAGGCUUCCGACUGGCAAUCGGCUGAUGCUCGCACCGUCAACGUCGGCGCUGGCAAGCAGGAGGGCCCUAUUGGCACCGACUCUGCCGCUCAGUCUGGUCUCCGUGAGCCCGCUACCAAGGGCGAGGAGGUGGACCUGAGCAACGUUGGUCGUGAAGGUGUUGAGAAGCGUCAGCAAUAA